AUGGAGUCAGAGGAUAAGGUUGUUUGGCAACCUACAAAGAGCUUCUUUCGAGGCAUCGUUAAGAAGCCUUUUUUGCCAUUGAAACGGCAUCCGGAAUUGGCGAAUCAUAAUGAUCAUUUUUUUGACCUGUACUGUGGUGACGAGGUAUAUCUUUUCGAAGAGACGACGGAUAAUAAAUGGUUUAGGGGUUAUUUCCGAUGGAAUCCUUUACCUGAGGCUUAUAUUUCAGGUAUGAAGGCUGCAGAUGAUAAGUUUCCGCACUUGAGAAGUAAGUUGGUGAUUGUACCUCGUAAAUACGUGGAGAUAAAUGAUAGAAGUCCAGUCAAAGAAGUGUCUUUUUUAAAGCUCCCCAAUCGUAAAGACUUCGAACAAGAUGUUAGUGAGCAGUGCAAGUCGACGUGUCUUUAUCAAAGUAUAGAAUCAAGCAAAAACGAUCUCAACGGAGAAAUACGUUCAAGGAAACCUGCCAGGCCUUCCUUUCCAUACUUUCGUUACCAGAAUACGCCACUAGUAAAAGAUUUGGGCCCAACUUUAGCUUUGUUAGCAUCUCACAUUUAUUCAAUGUAUGCAGCAGGGGAGUUUGUUAUAUAUAAAAAAUUGGCAAAGGUAUUUUACGAACUGGAAUCGAUACGAAUGAGAUUACUUUUCGAUCUGUUGACAGCGACAGAAGCUGUUGAUAUUAUUAGAUCAAUCAGUUGCCUCCUGGCGAAUAUAAGCAAGUUGAUGAGCUCAAGGUCUCAAGCAGAUGCCCUAGAUGGUUCAUCGAAUAAGGUGACGUCAGAUCCGGCAGGUUCAGAAGCUAUAUUUGGUCGUGAUCUUACGACAGGUAAACUUUUGUCUUACGACCAUGAAACUUUAUCUUCGCUCACAUACAAUUCUAUGCUUCAUGGACUGCACAAGGAUUUUCCUCAAUCGGGAGCAAAGCUAUUGCAAACUGAAUUUUGCAAGAAUAAGAUUUUUGAUGAAAGUCAUUCGCAUGUUUUAGUGGAUGUAUUUAAUGUCACGAGUGAUUCAAGUAUUGGCAAUCCCAAACUGAAUAAUGUGAGUGCUUCAAUGUAUAUAUGUUCAAGUACUGAGAGGCUCACAGAACCAUUUACCGUUGAUAUGGACUCAAAGAAGCACUCUUCUCUAAAUUCAGUCUCAGCUGCUCUAUUUAGAAACAUUUGCUCCUCUCAGCUGGAAAGGAAAAAUAUUUUCUUGGUUGUUUUGUUAACAGAAAAAAUUCCAAUUACUAUUUCUAGCGGUAAUAAUUUUGAAGCACCCUUCAUCCCUUUUACUCCGGGAGAAGGAGGUUCACUAACGCAUAUAAGAAAAGGUAUAGCUGCAGGAGCUGUCGAUAUCACAAGAAUUUUCAGCAAAUUCAAUGAAUCCAAUGCAGAUCUAUCAGUCGCUUUUAAAUUCAAAAUCAAUUUGUAUACAUCAUUUUCAAGUAGGGCACCUGAACAUCAGAAUAAUCAAAAUAAUCAAAAUAGUAUUUGGACUGAAGGAAAUAAAGGCUGGGGAGCGUUAGUGGAUCGAAUUAUUUCAGAUUCCAGCAAGGGGAUCGCGGUAAAUCCAAGAGCAACUUCUAUUUUAGCCACCAUAAAGGAGAUUCGCGCCAAUACAAAUAAUUCAGCCGCAGACUCAACAUCGGCGAUCAAGUCAGUUCCGACUUUCUUCUAUGAUACCUUCUCUGAACCUAUGGAAAGAAUAUACCUUUCCUUAGGAAGAGUUGCAUUCUCCGGUAAUUUAUCAACGAAUGUUCAGACAUUAACAAUCCGAUUAUCUUCUAGAAAUGAGAAAAUCAGGUUCAGUAGAACAGCGGGUGAGAAUCUUCAGAACUCAUGGGAAUUUGUGUCAGUACGACCCGGUGAAAGCAUAGGAGGAGUUAUUAGAGUUGAAGGAUUAGAAUAUAUGCAAGAUAGCGAGUCUCUUCAAUUUUUAGCUUAUAUGAACGGAAUACUGAUGGCAAAAUCAUAUAUUCACAUAAAAAAAGAUGGCAAAUUUUUGAGUUAUAAAAAGUAUACGGGUCUUCAGUUGGCAAAUUCUAUGAGAGAACCUAUUUUAGUUUUAGAGUUUGCAUCUGAAUACAAAGGUAAAAAAUACAAUAUGGAUGAAUCGCUAGAAGCAUUUCUAGAAAUCCCAAAGCUUUACAAGAGUGGCAGUUUAAAAUUCGUUUCGACCACUUUACAAGUUCUCUCGAACUUAGGAUCAUUAACUUUUGAUCAACAGCACACACAUUUUGAAGAGCUUCUAGAAACAUAUCUAGAAAUAUUUCGCUUCUUUGAGGUUAGAGACAGCGAAGACUUUCCAGAGGAAUUGCAGGAAAAAACUUUCACUUCUUUUGUCGAGUUUGUUGAUAAGCUUUUGAUAAAAAAUCAUAGGUUUAAAGCCGCAUUCCAUAAAUAUUACAGAGAUGCAUUACAAGGCAGAAUGGAUAUUCCAGAUAGCGGAAAGAUCAUUUUAAAACACAUGACGAAGCAAUUCAGUAAUGGUUAUAGAGGGUGGGACGCAUCCGGAACGCGUGUAGCAAGAUCAUCGCUUUAUCUCUUGAUGCUUUCAGUCAUUUCCUCACAGAGAUCGAAAAAUGAUUGGAGGACUUCAUUUCAGCUGUUUUUUAGUCAAGUCUGCCAAUUCCUUGCUAGUACUAGUAAUGUCAUCACAAAAGAUCAAAUAACGAUACUGCAAAAUUUUGAACAUUGGCUCGAAAUUAUUAAAGUAUAUUACGAGCCCGAAAGUCUGGUUCAGUUCUCCUUAGGUUUACUGCAGGGAUGUCAUAGUAGAGAGAAAAAUAUGGAUAUUGGCUCAAGAAAGUUAUCACAGGUGGAAGAGCGCUAUUCUACAGCAAAGUUAGGCUUGAUCCGUCAAAUUCUUGUAAAUACUUCUUUGUGUGACUAUCUUUUUACAUUGGGAACAGAUAAAAUGAUGAGGUCAGCUUUUAUUUCUAAAUGUAUCGAUUGGGCAUUGCUGCCCUAUAAAUCUGAAUGUCUCAAUAUUUCGUUAUUGAGAAUGGGCAAUGGUAUACUAAUUACCAUCUUAGAAAAAGCGACCGACAAAAAACUACGGAGAAAUUUGAUAAGGCUUCAACCUACUCUUUGCCGAGCGUUCAUUCUAACGAGAAAAUACUGCAAAGAGAAUAACUAUUUCAAACCAAAAAUAACUUUUACCACGUUAUUCCCUUUUUCGUUGCCAUCUCCCGUAAUCCCAAUGGACUCAAUAUGCCGUGCUGAGGUUGUUGUGGAAGUCUUGCUGGAGAUUGCAACUAUAAUAUGUGGGAUUGCAAAAACCGUUGAAAAUGAAUAUGGAAAAGAAGCGUGCUUCAAAAAUAUUCUUCUGGAAUGUCGCAAGGAUAUAGAAUUUCAAACUGAAUUCUGUUCACGCCAAAUAUCUAAUAGCAACAUUUCAACACUCUAUCAUACUGUUAAAAUACUUGCAAGAGGUGAUUUCUUCCCAUCUAAGAAAUGGCUUGGAGUCUCGGCCGUUUACAUAAGGAGCUCUCUCGCUUUACUGACUAUGUAUAAAAAAUUUGUCUUUGAGGAUAGCAUUCCAAAGACUGAAGGAAAAGGGAGUAUUUCCUUAUGGUCGAUGUUCAUGAAAGGGAUCUUCACAAUUGCAAAUCACAAAGUAUCUUUCCUGAUAAAACUUGGAAUUAUCCCCAGAAAAGCUGUUUUUAGAAUUACUGGUGACUUGAAAACACCUGCCGCCAAUAUACUUAGCGAGAGCUGGAAUGCAUUGGCCUGUUCAACUUCUGACAAUGUACUGAGUGAAAAGUAUGGAAUCAAGAAAAUGGGUCAAAAUCAACUUUUGGUUUUGGAGGAAAACACCAGUUUGGUUCAAGAAAUGUUCAUAUUUGCGCUUCAUAAACAUAUUGGUGCCCAAAGGACUAGCUGCGAAAUGAUAUGGUCUGCAGUUGUUAACCAUUGGAGAACUUACGGAACACUUCAAAAUUUUUUGGACGCGGCAAUUUUGGAGCUAUAUAAUGCAUAUCAAUCUGGUCGGAUAUACGUCAUGGAUUAUGAAAUUGAAAGGUUGAGAUUGUGCAUUUUGUUUACUUUCCACGCCGCACCCGAAGAUGAGAUUUACGCACCGGUAGUGGCCAUGCUAGAAGAAAUAUUCGGAAUAUUAAGGACGAUUUCAAAUGCUUUUAAGGUAUCAGACGACGAGGAAUUUGAUAAUGAUAGAACGGCUAUUCAUGUGGAAAUGUUUGGAUACUUGUUAGAUGCUAAUAGACCUGAAUUGUUCCACAAAAUGAUAUAUGAUUUAUUCCUUCAUUUCAUAAAGAAAAGAGACCAUGUUCAAGCAGCCUUAUGUCUCGAACUUCUUGCUAAUACCUACAGAUGGAAUCCAAAUGAUAUGUUACCGCCAAUUCCGUAUCCACCGUUACCUGAGCAAUCUUCUUUUGAGAGAAAAGAAUAUCUUUAUAAAGAGUCAGCAGCAAAUUUUGCUCGUGGUUUGAAAUUGGAAAAAGCGUUGUCCAUAUACAAAGAUUUAGUCUCAGCGUAUGAUCAUAUAAACUACGAUUUAAGUGGACUUGCAUAUGUUCAUGGUGAGAUAUCUCAAUUGUACACAAACUUACAGACGUUGGAUCGGUUAGUUCCAACAUAUUUCAAAGUAUCAUUUGCCGGGUUUGGUUUUCCAAAAACUUUGAGAAAUAAAAAAUUUAUCUUCGAAGGCCUUCCAUUUGAACAUAUAACGUCAAUGCACAAUAGAUUAUUGAAAGUCUAUCAUGGAACCACAAUAAUUCAAAGUCAACAACGUAUUGAUGAACUUUUCAUGAAGGCCACAAUGGGAAGAUUCAUUUACGUUACAACUGUUGAACCAAGGUUUGAAAUAUCCGACGAAUACAAACAGAAUGGAGAUAAGAAUAAUAAACUGGAUAAUAAAAUUCGAAUGUAUAUCGAGAAUAGAGAUUUAAAAACUUUCUGCAAAUCAAGCAGGCUACCUGGAACCACUACUGUUACUGAUCUUUGGGUAGAUGAAUAUACCUAUCAAACAGCGUCGACGUUCCCAACUUUAAUGAACAGGUCAGAAAUUGUUGAAGUGUCAAAAAAGAAAUUGUCACCUAUAGAAAAUGCCCUGAGGUCAUUACAGCUUAAGAUCCAAGAAUUAAAUGGCCUUGAAAAUAUGUGUUGGAAGGUUAUCAAGGAGCGUUUACAUCCUUCAGAGAUCUUUAACGAAUUGUCAAGGAACUUGACAGGGACUAUUGAUGCGCCUGUCAACGGUGGUAUGGCUCAAUAUAGAGAUUUUUUAAAGGAUUCCAUAUCGUCCUCUCUACAAAAAAACGAUAUAACUAUGUUGCAGGCUGCAUUUAAUAGUUUGGCAAUGAUGGUUUCACGUUGUUUAGUGCUACAUCGUGAGAUAUUACCAUCUGAAAGCUUAAUCGAAUCGCAUGAGAUGCUCGUUAAAUUGUUCGAAAAAAAUUUCGCACCAGAAAUACAGGCCAAUGAGAUCAAACUCAAAUCAUUGACGGUCUCCAGCAUCGCUAAGACCUCAAGCUCUCAACAGAGCAUUUCAAUGCAUACAAGUCGGAGUAAAUUCCAAAGGUCCAUUCACAGUCCCACAACCAAAUUGGAUCGUACAGCUGCAACUUCUUCUGUUCACUCAAGAGAUUCAACUCCGUCCAAGUCAGACUCUUUCGUCGUCGUUAACCCUCCUCCGCCCGGCACAAUGAACAGGCAGAUUUCGAUGAACAGAGCUCUUUCGGUGCACACAAGCAAUUCCGUUUCAUCCUCAAAUAUCUCUAGUGCACGUCCCUCUAAAGGGAAUGUUGUCGAUGACAGGUGA